CCUGCUGCCCGGUACCCGGUCGCCGCUUCCCUUGGCUCCGCCGUCUACCUCCGCCAGACGGAGCUGCUGCGGCGGCUCAGCACCCGGCGUUACGGCAGGGCUGCCUCGUCGCCGUACCACAACUCGGCCGCGGCGGAGAACGGGAAGAAGAAGCUCUACCGGGGGGUGCGGCAGCGGCAGUGGGGGAAGUGGGUGGCGGAGAUCCGGCUGCCCCAGAACCGGAUGCGGAUCUGGCUCGGCACCUACGCCUCCCCGGAGUCGGCGGCGUACGCGUACGACCGGGCGGCGUACAAGCUCCGCGGCGAGUACGCGCGCCUCAACUUCCCGGCCCUGCGGGACGCCGGGGACUGCCCCGAGCGGCUCAGGUCACUGCGGUCCGCCGUCGACUCGAAAAUCCAGGCCAUCUGCCAGCGCCUCGGGCGGCGCCGGGCGGCGAAGCGAUCGGCGAAGGCGGCCGGCGAUAAGGCGAGGUCAGCCAAGGCGGCUGCGAAGGCCGUGAAGGACGCCGAGGCGGGCGCGUCGCAAACGUCAUCGUUAACGUCGUCGUCGGCUUUCGAAAUGGACGGUGUGUGUUCGCUGGCUCGGAUGCCAUCCUACGAUCCAGAAUUAAUUUGGGAAGUGCUCACUAAUUAAUACGUAAAAGAAUUAUUAUUAUUAACUUAAUAAUUAAUGAGAUCAUCAUAAAAGAUUUGGAUCGAA